AUGAUGGUGCCAACCAAUACAUUUUUCACUAUGAGAUCAGUGUUGAUCUUCAAAAGAUCAUUGGGACUGACAAGGUACCUCCAGGCCAAGAAGAAAUCGGGCCUGAAGAGAGGAAAAGAGGAGGUUAUCAUUCAAAAGUAUUUUGGUAGACCUAGUAGUCAUUUAUCAGCAGGUAUUGUGGGACUUGCCAAUGUGGGAAAAUCAACGUUCUUUCAAGCAGUCACCAAAUCAGAAGCAGGAAUUGCUGCCAAUUAUCCAUUUGCAACCAUUGAACCACAAGAACUUUUGAUUAAUAUUCCAUCCUGUAGAUUAGAUUUCUUACAAUCGCUCUACCAAUCGAAGAAACAAAUAAAGGGAACACUUUCAAUUUGCGAUAUAGCGGGGCUUACAAAGAAUGCUUCAAAAGGUGUGGGUCUUGGAAAUCAGUUUUUAAAUGAUAUCAGACAAGUUGAUGGGAUUUUCCAAGUGGUCAGAGGUUUCAGAGACGAUGAAAUCACCCAUAUUGAAGAAAGUGUUGAUCCUGUUAGAGAUUUGGAAAUUGUUAGCGAGGAGUUAGUAUUUAAAGAUCUUGAUUUUGUCGGGGUUGCAAUUGAGCUGUUGGAGAAAAAAAUCAAGUAUAAUAAGAACCCAAUGGAAUUGAGGGUAAUGAAAAGUGAAUUGGAUGCUCUCAAGAAAGCAGAGGAUAUUCUUCUUGAAGGUAAAAAGAUUUCAAGCGUGAAGACUUGGACUAAUGAUGAUAUCGAUGGGUUAAACAGACAUAAUUUAUUGACUGCCAAACCAACCACGUAUCUUCUAAAUGUCAAUGAAGAGGAUUAUCUAAAUCAACAGAAUGAAUUUUUGCAACCCGUGAAAAAUUGGAUCGACGAGAACUCUCCAGAUGAUAAUCUUUUGAUUUUCUCAGCGGCAGUGGAGACCAAGAUCAAGAACGGCGAAGAUACUCUACAAUCAGCAAUUCCUCAAAUCUUGCAAGAAAUGAAAAAUAAUUUGAAUCUAAUCAGUUUCUUCACUUGCGGACCUCUUGAAGUCAGAGAAUGGCCAGUGAGAAAGAAUAGUAUGGCGCCACAAGCCGCAGGGAUUAUCCACACUGAUUUGCAAAGUACAUUCAUUUCAGCUGAUGUGAUAUCCUACAGCGAUUUGGAUCAACAGACCCCAGACACUUUCUCAUUGGCCAAAUUGAAGUCUGGCGGUAAAAUAAGAAAGGAAGGUAAACUGUAUGUUAUCGAAGAUGGUGAUGUUAUGUUAGUUAAAGCUGGUGCUGGUAAAGCUAGAUAA